GGGUCUGUGCGCCUGCGCCGGCGGGAGCGCGGCCGCUGGUCGGAGCCCCGGCGCUGGGGGUGCGCGGCCGGGAGAGCGUUUGACGUGGCAGUUCCCAGCCCAGCUGCAACUCCGUGCGCUAGACCAGCCUGUAGGGACACCGGGCUCGGGGAAAGGCGCGGCGGGAGCGGCGGAAGCAGCGGGAACUGGGUCACCGGGGGCAACCGGCACUAGGAGCAGAUCGCAGGCUAUUGGGGGCCCGGCGGCGUGAGGGAGCCGACCAGGGUUCUUUUGUAGAACUAUCCCUUGGAAUGAUCAUUUCAUAAUGAGUCAACAAGGUUAUGUGGCUACACCUCCCUAUUCUCAGUCCCAGCCUGGAAUAGGCCUUUCUCCACCGAAUUAUGGGCACUAUGGGGACCCAUCUCACACAGGGUCUCCACCAGGUAUGAUGAAGCCAGCAGGGCCUUUGGGGGCUGCUGCCCCCCGGGGGCUAUUGCCUCAGGGCCCUCUGCCUCCUGGACCCCCUCAGUUUGGCCAGAAUGGAGCUCAUGCCCAAGGUCAUCUUCCCCAAAGGUUUUCAGGUCCUCCACCUGUCAACAGUGUGGCACCCCCCUAUGUACCUUACUCAUCCUCUGCACAGUCAUCUUAUCCAAGUCCUGUGUCCACUUCAUCCAUCACCCAGCUGGGCAACCAGCUGAAUGCUGUGCACAUCAACAACUAUGGCUCAGGCAUGGCCCCGCCCAGCCAGGGCGCGCCUGGCCCUCAGUCAGCGCCUCAGCCCCAGGGCCCUUCCCGGCCUCCGCAGCCAUCCAUUCUCCAGCCUGGGCCUCAGGUUCUGCCUCCACCACCUGCCACACGGAAUGGCCCUGGCGCCUCACCCUUGCCCCCGUCAGCACACAGGCAGGAUGGGCUCCCUGGGCCUGCUCCUCCCGAUGCCCAGUACCAGCCCCCGCCUCUCCCAGGACAGACCCUGGGCACUGGAUAUCCUCCACAGCAGGCAGCCAACUACAGCCCCCAGAUGGCAGGUGCACAGCUUUCCUACCCAGGAGGCUUCCCUGGAGGUCCUGCACAGAUGGCUGGUCCACCACAGCCCCAGAAAAAACUGGAUCCUGACUCCAUCCCCAGCCCAAUUCAGGUGAUCGAGAAUGACAGAGCCGCCAGAGGUGGACAAGUUUAUGCCACCAAUACCAGGGGCCAAGUCCCUCCGCUGGUCACUACAGAUAGUGUGAUACAAGACCAAGGCAAUGCCAGUCCUCGAUAUAUCCGCUGCACCACAUACUGUUUCCCAAGUACAUCAGAUAUGGCCAAGCAAGCUCAGAUUCCAUUGGCUGCGGUCAUCAAACCCUUUGCCACAAUUCCUUCAAAUGAGAUUCCCCUUUACUUGGUAAAUCAUGGAGAGAAUGGACCAGUCAGAUGCAACAGGUGCAAAGCCUACAUGUGCCCAUUUAUGCAAUUCAUUGAAGGAGGAAGGAGGUAUCAGUGUGGAUUUUGCAACUGUGUGAAUGAUGUUCCACCAUUCUAUUUCCAACAUCUGGACCACAUUGGGAGAAGACUGGACCACUAUGAGAAGCCGGAGCUGUCUCUAGGAUCUUAUGAAUAUGUUGCCACUUUGGAUUACUGCAGAAAGAAUAAGCCUCCCAACCCACCAGCCUUUAUCUUCAUGAUUGAUGUUUCAUAUAGUAAUAUCAAGAAUGGACUUGUGAAACUCAUAUGUGAGGAACUGAAGACUGUGCUGGAAAAACUUCCAAAGGAGGAACAAGAAGAGACUUCUGCAGUUCGAGUUGGCUUUAUCACAUAUAACAAAGUUCUCCAUUUCUUUAAUGUAAAGAGUAAUUUGGCGCAGCCUCAGAUGAUGGUGGUGACUGAUGUUGGAGAGGUCUUUGUUCCUUUGUUGGAUGGUUUCCUUGUCAACUAUCAAGAAUCCCAAUCUGUGAUUCACAAUUUAUUGGACCAGAUUCCGGAGAUGUUUGCAGACUCUAAUGAAAAUGAGACUGUCUUUGCUCCUAUCAUACAGGCUGGCAUGGAAGCACUAAAGGCUGCAGACUGUCCUGGGAAGCUGUUCAUCUUUCAUUCCUCCUUGCCGACUGCAGAAGCACCAGGGAAACUCAAAAACAGAGAUGACAAAAAACUGAUUAAUACGGACAAAGAGAAGAUCCUUUUCCAGCCCCAAACAAAUGUCUAUGACUCCCUGGCCAAGGACUGCGUGGCCCACGGCUGCUGCGUGGCACUCUUCCUCUUUCCCAGUCAGUAUGUGGACGUGGCCUCCCUGGGUCUCGUGCCCCAGCUCACUGGAGGAACACUUUACAAAUACAACAAUUUUCAGAUGCACUUAGACAGCCAACAGUUUUUGAAUGACCUCAGAAACGAUAUUGAGAAGAAAAUAGGAUUUGAUGCUAUUAUGAGGAUUCGUACCAGCACAGGUUUCAGAGCCACUGAUUUCCUUGGUGGAAUUUUUAUGAACAACACCACUGAUGUAGAAAUGGCAGCCAUUGACUGUGACAAGGCAGUGACUGUGGAGUUCAAGCAUGAUGACAAACUUAGUGAAGACACUGGAGCCUUAAUCCAGUGUGCUCUGCUUUACACGACCGUCAGUGGUCAGAGAAGACUUCGGAUUCACAAUCUUGGCUUGAACUGCAGCUCCCAGUUGGCUGAUCUCUAUAAGAGCUGCGAGACAGAUGCUCUUAUCAACUUCUUUGCCAAGUCAGCUUUUAAAGCUGUUCUACACCAGCCCUUGAAGGUCAUCCGGGAAAUUCUCGUUAAUCAGACUGCCCAUAUGUUGGCAUGUUACCGAAAGAAUUGUGCAAGCCCAUCUGCAGCAAGCCAGCUUAUUUUACCGGAUUCCAUGAAAGUAUUGCCCGUGUAUAUGAACUGUUUGUUAAAAAACUGUGUGCUGCUCAGCAGACCAGAGAUCUCAACAGAUGAGCGGGCAUACCAGAGACAGCUGGUCAUGACCAUGGGUGUGGCCGACUCCCAGCUAUUCUUCUACCCACAGCUUCUGCCAAUACACACGUUAGAUGUCAAGAGCACAGCGUUACCUGCUUCUAUUCGCUGUUCUGAGUCCCGCCUUUCAGAAGAAGGAAUAUUCCUGUUGGCUAAUGGUAUAAACAUGUUCUUAUGGUUGGGAGUGAGUAGCCCACCAGAACUGAUCCAAGGGAUAUUUAAUGUGCCAUCUUUUGCACAUGUCAACACAGACAUGACAUUAUUGCCUGAGGUGGGAAACCCAUACUCUCAAACACUCAGAAUGAUAAUGGGUAUUAUCCAACAAAAGAGGCCAUAUUCAAUGAAGCUCACGAUAGUAAAGCAGCGAGAGCAGCCAGAAAUGGUUUUCCGACAGUUCCUGGUAGAAGACAAAGGACUUUACGGAGGAUCGUCUUAUGUGGAUUUUCUUUGUUGUGUUCACAAAGAGAUCUGUCAACUGCUUAAUUAAUUGAACCUUCCCUACUGUUGCAUUUCUAAGGAGAUAAUCUUCUUGGUGCCUAAUUCUCCAGAUGGUAACAGGCUAGAUUUGAUUUCUUGCUCAUUUUCAUAAUAGCUUUCCAAGAUGGCAUUUAUAACUUCAGCUUUGGUGCUCAGGUAUAAAGACAGUGAAGGUACAAUUAAUUGUACUUCAAAGGGAACAGUCUCUUUCUGAUUGCACAAUUUUUAACUGUUAAAACUGAUGUAGUUUGCAUUUCAUGAAAGGCAUGAUUUACAGAACUGCAGACAUUCUGUUUUCUUUGUGCUAGACAUAAAUUAUUUUUCAAAAUGUAUAGAUUUGGGGUAAAAAGUUGUCUUGGUUCCGCUCUCAAGUGCAGUGUGGGAAAAACAUAAUUUUUACAUUAUACUUAAUUUUUUAAAACCAUGUAACCCCACUGAACACAUUUUUCAACUUAAGGUUUGCAUAGCAGACUUUUAAUAACCUUGGAAUCUAUUUGGUGGAACACUUUGCGUUCUACAUUUUUUCCUAAUUAUAUGUUGUGUAUGUUAAAACUAUUUUCUGGUUGUUUUGUCUAUAAAACUGUCAAUACUCUUAAUGGUACUCUGUACAAUUUUGAACAUUUCUACCUGUAUAUAAUGGGUCUUAACCAAUAUCAAUAAAUCACUUCAUAUGCUCUUA